AUGGAAAGAAGGCUAAGGCGCGCGUUAGACAACGGGGCUCCGGAGACGCCAUGGAUGCGACAGCCGAUUUGGCCACGGCUGUCGGACUUCCUCGCUAUGAUAAACUCGGUCCUGAUUCUUCUGCAGGAUGCAGACGGCAUCUGGUGCCCAGGGGGUUCCUGGGUACAGACAAUGAUGGAGCCCCAAAGGCCUGGUCGUGUCAGACGUCCGACCGUCACUGACUGAGAGACGUCUGUUUGGCGGGAAGUUCGUACUGAGAACGCCCUGCCAGCGUAGGAUCCCCAGUAGAUUCUAGUCUAGGUCUAGGUCACUUGACUUGAAAGUUUUGAGUGCCUUUGGGUGUUGCAAUUUUCAACUUUUGUUUUGGAUUUUCGCAGAACAAUAUUCGGAAAGCAUGCUGAAUUCGAUAGCUUAUAUUUUUCAGAAAUAUUUAGUUGGAGAAUUAGAUCUGACGACGCUAUCGGGAUGGGAAAAGAAGUACUUUCGAGCUGAUUUACUUCAUGAAACUCUGAAAAGAAUGCUUGCAUAUGUAAGUAUCUGACUUGAUAAUUUAUUUUAUUUCUCACAUCGCAACGCUGGGGUAAAUAUCUUUCCUAACUCGCUAUGAAACAUUCUAUGAAGGUAUUUGUAGUUUCAAACUUAUAAGGAUACUAUGGGUUUCGUUGCAGUAAAUAACCUUGAAAUUUGAUUUUCUAUCAUGAACUUUUGCUUUUUUUGAGAUGAUUUUCCUAUCAGCGUUUCUCCAAACAUCUUAACUAUUUUUUUUUAUUUCCAGUCUAACAUUUCAUUGACGUUGAAAAGUAGCGCAUUCCCAUUAAAAUUUCAAAAAAUAGUUCCAGAUGCGACCUGCUUCCCACCAACGUCAAGGACUCCAACAUCCAAUCGACCUGCAAUUAACAGGUAUUUUUUUAAUCCGUUGCCAAGCCCCGCUUCCAUAAACAAUUUUCCCAUUCUUCCUCGGGCAAAAUUUGUUUUUUUUUCGAUUGUAGUCAAAACAGCAAUGAAAAAAAUGGAAAAAAAGUUGAUUAUUAUUUCUUAAAAGCCAAUAAUUUUUAGCCUUGAAUUGGAAAGAUGCUUUUUGACAAGAAUAAAUAAUCUGGACAGAUUUAAAAACGAACAAAACCAGGGAAGUAUACAAAUAACAUGAGGACAAAAACGAAGGCGAUGGCGCAGGAAAGGACCAAAAAAGCCGUUGGCACUUGGGUCGGCGCGCUCUUUUUCUUGUCGCCCUUGGGUCCUUUGACUUCUGAAUCGGCUGACCGUAAAUUUCGUCAUGAAGUGGACAUAUUUCUCACGUUCUUAUAUCACAAAAGCCUCAGGAAAAAGGCUUUGAAGGGAUUUGCAGAUUUCAAAAAACUAAUUUUUUUGAAAAUUCAAUAGAUUUGCAUUUUUUUUAGUCAUAAUCUAAACCGAAGUUCGUUUUUUUUUUGCAGCGAUGGUUUUUGAAAACGUUCUUUAUAUGAUUUCAUAACCACAACACUCUUUUUUGGCUGAUUAUCAAAAAAGUCAAAAAGGUCUUCGACUUCUAAAUUUCACGGUUUUUGAGUUGACGGUUGAGAGUCCCGUGAAUACGACGACCACGACGACUAGCCAGCUAUAUUCAAAAUACGGAGUGUUUUUUCAGUUCGGUCUUUACACGUUCUCCCACGCACACACUAUAUAUAUAUAAAAAUUCAUGAAAUCCUUGUAGAUUUUUGGUUUUUGUGGGGAUUGAUUUGAAGUUUAUUUUAAUAUUUUUUUGCUCCAGCGAUUGAAACAAAGUUAUCUUCCUUGGCAACCAAAUGUUAUAUGUUUAUUUAUCUAUUAAAAAAAUUCAUGAUGCUAUGAUGAAACACCGCAAGAUUUUUACGAAAUUUCAAUUCUUUGUUGUGGCAAUUUAUUUGCGAAAUAUUUUUCACAGUAAUGAUUGAACCUAGAAGAAGGCCGCAAAAACCUAACUAGAGGGUCAUGGUGUCAAGGACGCCGCCUGUACAGUGGAGCACGCUUUCCUUUAGUCUCUAUGUAAACUUCUUGAAGACGUUGUAUGCUAAGUUAUCAAUUUUAUUAAAAUUUAUUACAUAUUUUCUUUUCGAAUUGUUGAAAAUCAAGUUGAGAAACUUUAUUCUCGGUUCAAUUCUUUAGGAGACAAAUUACGUAAUUUCAUUAGAUUCGAUUUUUUGAAAGCUAAUUUUUCGGUUUCCAGAAACUCGAUGUGGUCCUUCUCCGCAACGCGGUCUCUGCAUUCAAGGUCAAAUCUCUACGUUCCGGUGCGUUUUUUUCAUUAUAAUAGAGAUGAUUACUCAACUAACGGACCCUCGGAGCUGA